AGAGAGCUGGUUACUCAGUAGUGCUGACAUUCAGAAUUACAGGAGAGUCAAGCUACUGUCAGAGAGAGAAAGACCAGGUCAAACCAGAGAGGAAAACCAGCUAUGCCAAGGGCUAGGAUAAGUCUCCCAACCAGGAGUGGGGGCUGGGCCCAAGAGCCCUGUCAUGUUGUCAGUAACCACAUGGGUAGAUCUUUUGCAACAUCGGAAAAGAAACCAGAUCAAUAAAGGCAGAUGCUGGUCACAAGGAGGUGGAGAUGGUCCUGCCCACCUCAGUCUUCCACUUGAGAAUGCCUGAGCGUGUGUUUUUAUUUACCCUGAUUCUCACUGGACUGCUGAGUGCCCCAGUGUCACUAGACAGGGCAACCUCGAAUUCCUGAUGGCCCUGCUGGUCUCACUUCCUGAACAGAAUCUGGCUAUGGCUCAGCUUCUCCUUCUUUUGCUGUCGGCAGCAUGUCUACACACUGGGAAUUCAGCAGGAUAUCCAAAAAAGAAUGUCUUUAGUGUCGACCAACCAGCUGUCCUCUCUGGAGUCCAGGGUGGUUCCAUCGAGAUCUCCUUCUCCUUCUACUUCCCCUGGGAGUUGGCCAAGGUUCCUCAGAUGAGCAUAGCCUGGAGAUGGAAAAACUACCAUGGGGAAUACAUCUACAACUCCACCCAGCCUUUCAUUCAUGAGCAUUUUAAGGGCCGGCUCAUCGUGAAUUGGUCACAGGGUCAGACAUCUGGUGUCCUCAGAAUCCUGAACUUGAAGGAGAAUGACAAGGCCACAUACUUCAGCCGAGUUUUUCUGCCAACAACUGAAGGCAUGAAGUCGUGGCAGUCUGUAGCUGGAACCCAACUCAUCAUCAUUCAUGCUCCCAGUACUACCGUGGUGAGCCCCUCCAUCAUCCCCUCUGUAGUCCCCAUAGCUGGCCUGGAGGACACAAGGGGCAAGAGGACUCCUUCACUGCUGAAUUUGGGAGCCAUGGUUAGGAUGGUUGUGUCCAAAGUUGUGGUCAUCAUUGCACUCUAUGGAUGGGUGAUCUUCCUGUGGUGGAAGCAAAGAAGUGCAUGGAGCCUGCUGUCCUUUCUGACCACCUGGAAAUCAGAGGAGCAAAUGCAGAUGAACACAGCACCUGCUCCUAAGGAAUUCAAGUAGCCAUGUAGGAACCUCAGGGGCUGACUGUUCAUCUGGAAGAACUGUGUCUGCUGUAGAAGAAAUGAGGAUAGACCAGCUGUCUCUGAACAACUGUCAUCUGUCUGUCCUGGUCGCCCACCAGAAGCUGGUAACAAAUAAUUUUUUAUUCCUCAACUAACAGGCUCCUCCAUACUAGGGUCUCUCAUCAGGGAGGUGAAUUUACAUCAAAGUAGUUGUUGGUGAUCACAAACCCUGCAUCCCACAGCCUUCCAUGUCUUCUAGCUGGGAUUCAGAGCUAAUGGUUGCAGGAUUGUCUUGUGAAAGUCAUUCUUGGAUAACCCGCACUUCUGCCAUGGGUACUCCGACAUGCUCUCCUUGGAACCAUGGUCCUCCUGUGUGUUUCUGGGCCUGAAAGCCUGACUGUGCUGUUGUCUCUCUGCUCAUGGAGUUAUUGACACUGUUAAUAAAUAUCUUACUCCAAGCAAUCCAUCUCAGUGUCUCUCCUGAGCCUC